AAUAGUCUCGCAACAACUCCAAUAUUUGGAAGCGGAGUUGAUUGGCUAGAUCUUCUUGAAGAAUGGCGGCCAACGCGACUACCAACCCGUCCCAGCUUUUGCCGCUUGAACUGGUGGACAAGUGUAUAGGGUCUCGUAUUCACAUUGUAAUGAAAAGUGAUAAAGAAAUUGUGGGCACACUCCUAGGAUUUGAUGAUUUUGUCAACAUGGUAUUGGAAGAUGUCACUGAAUUUGAAAUAACACCUGAAGGAAGAAGAAUCACAAAGCUGGAUCAGAUUCUACUGAAUGGAAACAAUAUAACUAUGUUGGUUCCUGGAGGAGAAGGACCAGAAGUAUAAAUAUUCAUUUGACAUCACUGCAAGAAGUUUUGUUGCAUAUUCUGUGUUGAAACAUAUUCCUAGAAUAUGUUCUGAAAUUUGUUAAAUUUCUGUUCUUAUAUUUCAUAGUGAUAUUUAAAUAUAACAUAGCUUCCUUUUCAAGGAUGUGGCAUCUUUAAUAAUAGUUUUGUACAUUAAAAUCAUGACUUCGUUGUAAAAACAAAAUUAAUUUCCCAUUAAGGGCAGGAAAAUAAAAUGUUUUUUUUUUUA